GACGCCAGUCCAGAUCAAAAUCGCCAUCCCGUCGACAGUAUUCAAAAUCCAGGAGCCGAAGUCGGUCACGUGACAGGUAUCGUCGCCGAUCGAGAUCACGAUCCAAGAGCAGAAGUCGCAAUACCGAUCGACACAGAUCGCGGCCACGACGACCUCGCUCGCGAUCCCUGUCGAAGAGUCGGAGUCGUGAUAGUACCAUUAGUCCUAGUCGUACUCACAGUCGGAGUCGAAGCCGUAGCCGUACUUCUAGUGCAAGGGUGGUGGGCGUCACAAACGAGGUCGAAUAGACAAAGCGAAAUUGUUGGCAAUAGCAAGAAAAAAGCGCAGAAGAUGCAGUUGCUUGGUAUUAGUUUGGGAUCAUUGGAUGCGCAAAUGCACAACCAACCAAAAAGUGUCGACGAUUUUGUGUCGUACUGCCAACAAAUUCAACGCCGUCAAGACAAGGAAAGUCGUCGUGAAAAAGGAGAAGCGGUAUCUAGUGAUGACGGCGGUGAUGACAGGAAAGGUGAAUCUGCCAAGGAGAGUCCGGCGACGUUUAAACAUCCGUUUGGAGUGCGAACGACUGCGCCUUCAGAUGGUAUCAAAAUUAAUAUCGUGAAUGCCACCUCUAUCCCUACAAAGAGUCCACAGGAAAGAGUUUUGGAUGCAUCCCAAUUGCGAUUGGUCUAUCCCGUGUCUUCUGGUGUAGUUCACAAAGAAAGCACCGAGAAGUGGACUCCUGUAGUGAAGGAUGAGUUGAAGACAUGUUCGGAUGAGCAGAAGAAAUACGUUGCGGUAACGAGCCUAGAAGCUGAGCGAUAUCGAGCGGCGACGGUAAGUUGUUAG